AUGGGUGCUGCCGGCGCGAUCCAGCGGGCGGCGGCGUCGGUGGUCGACAGGGCGUGCGCGGGGGCGCGGGGCUUCCGCCGCGCGCUGGCGCGGUUCGCGCCGCGGGCCUCGGCGUUCGGCCCCGCCGCCGACGCGGAGGCCGCGGCGGUGCGCGCCGUGCGGAACCUCCGCACCUUCCGGUUCCACUACGCCGUCCUGCAGUGGGUGCUCCUGCUCGCCUCCCUGGCGCCGCGGCACCGGGCCUCCGUUGUCUUCCUCAUGGCGGCGUCCAAGGGCCUCCUCGUCUACGGGGGCCUCCUCAGGGCGUUCCCCAACUCGGCGCUGCUCCGGAGGCUCCUCGACCGCCGCCUCGUGGCCGCGGUGUUCGUCGCGCUCGUGCUCGCGGACAUCGUCGCCGCGGGCGCCGUCGCCAACCUCCUGGCCGCGCUCGCCGCGGGCGUCCCGGUCAUCGUCCUCCACGCCUCCUUCCGCGUCCGGGACGACCUCGAGGGGCCCUCGCCGGACGCGGCAGCCGAGAACGGCAAGGAAGACGAGGCGUCCGCGGUCGUUGAGAAGAAGGAGGACGGCGACGUUGAGGCGGGGCCGACGCGGCGGUCCAUGGCGGCGGCACCAAGAUCGCCCAAAUGA